AUGUCGUCCGAACAGCCCCAGACCAAGAAGUUCCAGAAGGGCGAGCGGGUUAUCACCCCAGCUGCGCAAAAGGCCAGCAAGUACUACCCGGCCGAGGACGUUUCCGCACCAAAGACGACCCGCAAGGCUCUCCGCCCAUACAAGCCACGCCAGUCGCUCAAGCCCGGAACCGUGCUGAUCCUCCUCGCUGGCCGCUUCCGAGGUAAGCGCGUGGUUCUGCUCAACGUCCUCGAGCAGGGCACUCUCCUUGUCACCGGCCCAUUCAAGGUUAACGGUGUGCCUCUCCGCCGCGUCAACGCCCGCUACGUCAUCGCCACCAAGACCACUGUUCCACUCGACGGCCUCGACGCAUCGACCGUGAAGAAGGCCAGCGACGAGAAGUACUUCGCACGCGACAAGAAGGCAGACAAGAAGGGCAGCGAGGAGGCUUUCUUCAAGCAGGCAUCCGGCGAGAAGCCAGAGAAGAAGCAGACUUCCACCGAGCGCGCAGAGGACCAGAAGAAGAUCGACAAGGCUCUUCUGUCCGUGAUCAAGAAGGAGCCAUUGCUCCAGGGAUACCUCAGCACCAACUUCAGCCUGCGGAAAGGUGACAAGCCACAUGAGAUGGUCUUCUAG